ACAUCACACACUUACAUCACACGCGUUACAUGGUCGUGUGUUGCAGGUUGGAACGAGCUGUUGAUCGCCGCGUUCUCUCACCGCUCGAUCAGCGUGAAGGACGGCAUCCUGCUGUCGACGGGUCUGCACGUCCACCGCAGCAGCGCGCACGGCGCCGGCGUCGGACAGAUCUUCGACCGCGUGCUUACCGAGCUCGUCGCGAAGAUGCGCGAGAUGAAGAUGGACAAGGCGGAGCUCGGCUGCCUGCGCUCCGUCAUACUGUUCAACCCGGACGCGAAGGGCCUGAAGAACAUCAAGCAGGUGGAGCGACUGCGGGAGAUGGUCUACGCUUCGCUCGAGGAGUACUGCCACCAGAAGUUCGGCGACGAGCCGGGCCGCUUCGCGAAGCUGCUUCUCCGGCUGCCCGCGCUGCGCAGCAUCGGCCUCAAGUGCCUCGAGCAUCUCUUCCUCUUCAAGCUCAUUGGCGACACGCCGAUCGACACGUUCCUCAUGGAGAUGCUCGAAGCGCCGCCCCUCAACGAGAGCAACAGCGAGUAGGGGGCGCCGCCGCGGGGGCGAUAGGGGGCGCGGCCGCGGGGAGCGGUGGGGUGAUAGGGGGCGCCACCGCGAGAAAAUUGCGGUAGGCGACAGGUGGCGCCACCGUGCGAAGACAGCGGCAGUGAUUAGACGCGUGUGGAGGCGCCCCCUGGUGAGAGAGCGAGAAGGGCAUGCCGCGUGUUUGACGGGGCGCGUCGAGAAAAAGAUCGUUGAGAUUUAGGAAAUUCCGGUUCAUGUAUAGUGUUGCGUGCGUGCGUGCGUGCUUAUGCAUGCGUGCGUGCGUGCGUGUGCGAGUUUUGUCGGUUUGACUGCCCAAAUAUUUUAUCUAGCUGUGGGAGGAAGCGAAAGCAUGGGGACAGCCUGCUCUCUUGUUUGGUAUCACGCGUCUCGGCAGUGCAUGCCGGACGCAUCGCGUCUGCACCGAGCAGCUUUCUAACAGCAUCCGUGAACUUUGUUUCGGCUGAAUGCACGGCACGGGAUGCACAUGCGUAGGAUGCACACGGGUGAAGGGUGCACGCGCGGUGGGGGAUGCACAUGAGCAUGAUUAAAAAGGCUGCACAGACUGGGAGAUGCACACAGUAGAAGAAGACUGCACAUACAUGGUGGGAUGCACACGGGAGACGAAUGCACGGUCAUCGUGGGAUGCACUCGCGCACAAGGUAGCCAUACGUAUUGGAGAAAGGCGCACGCACGCGCGUGGUGUUCGCUGUCGGUUUUAUCGGUGUUUUAUUCGAAGAUGGUUGGCUUCACCAUCAUUGCAGUUUUCCGUUUUUUUUCUUAAUUCGCUUUAUUAUCUUUUAACGCGUAGUACCGUGCACGAGUGUGGGCGCGAUGUGUGUGAUACAUCAACACGCCCUCAGAACAUGCCCCCUCCCCGAUCAUAUAUAUAUAUAUAUAUAUAUAUA